CGUAAUUUGUUGAAGGAAAAAUUGUGGACGUUAGUGUGACCUCAUAAUGGAAGUAGACGUGAACGACGAUAUAGGAAUCGCGAGAUUCGUCGAACUCUUCGAGAGACCUGACCUACUUCCUCAACUUCUGCAAGAACAAGAAGCUACGCAUGGCCUGAAAGAUCCGUAUUUGGCGCGGUUAUGGAGUUAUUUUGCGCCUGCUUUAGUUGAAACCGUUUCAAACACUGGAUACUUCAAUAAAGCCUUCGAAGUUGCAAAUGUGGCGACGCACGUUCAUGAGCCUCUGGAGAACUUCAUGUUUUGUGGAAGGGAUUACAGUCAAAUGCUAGAGUUGUUGACUUCGCUUGACGAUGUUCCGUCUAACCUUUGUGGAAGAGUGUUCAAAUCGGGCGAACCGACGUACUCUUGCCGUGAUUGUUGGAUGGAUCGAACAUGCGUGCUUUGCAUCAAUUGUUUCCAACACUCGGAGCAUCGGAACCAUCGCUACAAGAUGUGCUCAUCCGAAGGCGGUGGGUUUUGCGAUUGCGGUGACCCUGAAGCAUGGAAAUCCAAUCCGAGUUGCUCCGUGCAUGCAUCCACGGAUGACAAGCAGCGCGAUGGAAGUGAAAUCCUUGCGCGGCUGCCCGAUAAAAUCCAUUCCAGGGUUGACCGUGUUAUGCGUUCGUGUCUUGACUAUUGCGUGAAUGUGUUGACGAAGUCGCCGUUGCCGCGAAAUCUCGAACUGUCACCGGAUGACCAGAAAAUGACGGAUCCUUUUUGCUUCGCGGAAUUAUCCGAGAAAUACGCGACGAUAGUUUACAACGAUGAGACACACUCUUACAACUCCGUGACGUACACGUUCGUCCGAGCUAUUGAUGUGUCUGCCAAAGUCGCUACGGAGUACGCGACAUUGGUUGAUCAGGAGGGACGCGGCGUUGUAUACAUCGAUAACUUCAAAGAAUGCAAUGCUGUCAAGGCGAAGAUUCAGCAAAUUUCGAAUAACGAUCCGUUGAGAACGGGUGUUGUGCCGUGUCUUCCGUUAGCCCACGAAGUCUUCGCUUUACGGAUGCUUAUCUGGAUGCAGCGACUUGCGAAGAUGUCGAACGGAUUCAGGAAAAUCUUCGCUGACAUCUUGUGCACUAAAAUUAGUGAAGAGGAUUCGGAAUUGAUCGUCGAACGAAUAAUUCGUUACGAUGCCAAGCUGUGGAAAGCCGCCCGAUCCGCGUGGCACAACCUGAUCAUUUCAACCAUGCUGAUGAAUUUCGAGAGGAAACGACAGUUCGCCGUUCUUUUCGCAAACAAUUAUUGUUCCCUGCUUGACGAUCAUGUUGAUGACGAUCAAGUUUCUCAUGCAAGCAUCGUGUCCAUGAGUGUUCAGUUAUUUACUGUUCCCUCAGUGGCGCAUUAUUUGAUCGAGGAGUACAACAUACUUGCGAGAUUGUUGUUGGCGUACACGUCGAGUAUGGAUUCACCUGGCGUUCCUGCAACAAAUUCGAAUCAAAUUAUGGCCCGGAGCAAGAGAGCUAGAGUAGUCUUCAUGGAUUUGAGCUAUUUGCUUGGUUGUCCUCCGGUCGAGUGGACGCAUAAGUUGCGCAUCGGAUUCCUCAGCGGAUAUGGAAAACUUGCUGGACUUCUGGAUGUGCUUUCCGGAAGUCACAGUGUGGUCCGGCAAAUGCACAAUCACGUGGAAUAUGAGAGCGACUGGGAGCCUGCCAUGCGAUUGCAACUGAAGAUUACACCUGUGAUCACGGCGAUGCUCAAGUGGUGCAGCACUGAUCCUGUGGUUUUCGUUAAGGCCUUCAGAGCGACUGUGGACAAACGUAGAAUGGCCAGAGUAGCGGAGGAAAAGGCCGAACGAAAAGUCGGCGGUCGUUCCGCCGUCGUCAACACCUACGACAUCACGACACAAAGUGCAUCUCUUCAUCAUCCGAUACCCCGACUCCUUGCUGGCCUACUGCAACUCCUCCCAAAAUUUAAUUUGACUUGGACGUCGCCGGAAUUGGGCGGUGAACGAUUGGAGCUUGAAGACUACAUCGAGCAUCCUUUGCGAGUCAAGUUGCUGCAGGCGCAGGUCAAUGCCGGCAUGUGGCGGCGGAAUGGAUUAUCGUUGAUGAAACAGUUGAUGUAUUACUCUGCUGUGCGGUGCAGAGAAGAAAUGCACGAUAGGGAUGUGUUUAUGGUGCAAUUUGCAGCGGCGAACAUGGAACCAAACACGUUUUUGGUCACUUUAUUGGCCAAGUACAAGCUGGAUCAAUGGGCGAAUUCUUCAAGCUUCAGCGUUGUGCCAACGGCCGAUGAUGAACGAGUGCAUCAAAACAAUGCCAUCAUUGAAGAGUUCCUGGCUUUCCUCAUUACGAUUGUCGCUGAAAGACACACGGAAACGAUUGGCCGACUGAAACCCGGUGAUUGCGCCAGGAAGGAGAUCUUGCAGCUUCUGUGCAUGGGCAACGUUACGCAUUCGAUUUUGAUGAAGUUGUUACCUGAGGAGAUUUCCCAAGAUCCCGAGUUUGAAGACCGUGUACGCGAAGUAGCCGAGUUUAAACCGUCGGCGACUAUCAUGCAAAAAGGAACCUACGCUUUGAAAGAUGAGUGUUGGGAAGAGUUCAAUCUCUUCUUUCAUCACUACAUCAGAGAAGACCAAUCUAAAGCUGAAGCAAACUUCCGACGCGUUGCGAAGCUCCGUGGAACGGAUGAGUUUUGUCAUCCCCCUCCGUUGAUACCCUUAACUGAAAAUUUCAAAGGCUUGGCGAAUUUGCUGCAGUGUGACGUAAUGAUCAUGAUUCUUCGAGGCUUGUUUGAAAGGACUCUGGAUUUGAAGUGUUACAUGUUUACCGAAACGCAGCUGCAGAGGGCUCUGUUUCUGUUCGGGUUUGCGUUACGCCAGGAAGAACUGGCAAUGCAGUUUCCUGAUGACACAUACCAGUUCUGCUCGAAAGCAAGGAAAUCUGGUUUGUACGAUGCGUUUUCUGCGUUGAAAGACAACGAGAGGCUGGGAUCGCAUCGUGCUCUGUACAAUUGGAUUUACUCGAAGUUCAAUGAGGUUGAAUUGAUGCGAACGAAAUCGGUCAGUGCGACUGCGGAGGCUACCUUUAGCAUGGAAAAAGACAAGGAAUCUGCGAAAGCGCAAAAACGAUUGCGGAAAGAACGGGCUGAUCUGAUGAAAUCGAAAAUCCUGGCGCAGAUGCAGGCGAAGCAGAAGCGGUUCAUAACGGAAAACCAAAAUUUCUACGAGUCAUGUGGACCCAGUGCUGGAGAGUCGAUUGAAGAGCCCGAAGGGCAAGUUUUCUUGGCAAAUUCGCAGCAAAUUGCGUUCGGACCUCACCAAACUCCUCCCGUAACACACACGAAAAGUUACAAAUGCAUUUUGUGCCAAGAGACAGAAGUUCUGGACCCGAAGAAUGACAUGAUGGUGUUGUGUGCGUUCGUGCAGCAGUCGACGGUGUUGUCGAAAGCGGAUCGCUCUCUGGAGUCGAAUAUUUCCGACCCGGACUAUUCGUUGCGCAUUUUCGAGCCGGCCUUGUUGACGGCGAGGCUGGAAAUCGGCUCGCACAUUUCGUCGUGCGGACACGUCUUGCACGCCUCUUGUUGGCGGAAAAACGUGGACGAAUCUUCGCGACGAGAGCGACGACGUGCAAGAGGUCCAAGUUAUGAUGCGACGAAGCACGAGUUCCUGUGUCCGUUGUGCAUGAGGUUGAGCAACACUGUACUGCCUUUGGCUGCUCCUUUGUUCAAGUAUCGGAAACUGUUGAACCAAGUGACGACCAUUGGGCCGCAGAUACCCGUUGAGGAAUGGUCCAAUGCGAUGGAUUGCGUAACUCGUUUGGCACGGAAUAUGCCCAAAAGCUUUUCGCCGGAAGAAGUUCGUAAAGCGGAGCUAGAAUUGAACAAGUCGAAAUCCGUUCCAACGAGAAUCCCGCUUCGAUUUUUGCCGGAAUCCAGCGGUCCGUACGUCGUGUUCAAUCCUGCCAUUGACGAAGUGCUCAUGGACGCAGCUUCCGACGGCUCCGUGUCCGAUAACUCUGACGACGCUGCAGCAGCCGACGUCAUCACCUUCGAACUCCUCUGCGCAUCCACGCCAAAGAAGCAACGCAGUGCGACCGACACGCCCAACAGUGACGACGACGACGAUGAUCCCAGUAUGUCGGACUCGGAGUGUCGAACCCUGUCGGCGCUCCGUCCGUUUUUCCGCAACCCGGACACGGCACUGCAUAAGGAAGCUGACGAGAAGUUCGUCGCCGUCAUGCAGUUAUUUUUGACGAACACGUAUUGUACGGGCUUCAGGAAGGAGAGAGGAGAGGAGUAUGCUGGGAUUCCGGUCGGUGUUUGGGCAUCGGCGGCGUUUACGGUGCGCUGCGUGGAGCUGGAGUUGCGAGACGAAUGCAAGCCACUGUUGGGCAGUUUUACGGUCAGACAGCUCGACACUGUCUCGCCGUUGGUCAAGUCCGGUGCUUUAGUCGCUUGUGAUGGAAAUAAUCCAAGGAAAAUUUUGAAGAUGAUGCGAUGCGUGAUGGACCCAUUGUUUUUGCCGUACGAGACGUCCAGACUGGACAGGAUAAGUGUGAUGCACGUGGAUGCCUUCAGCGUUUUCGUCUCGCUUAUCUACGGGCAACGGGUUUUCCUCGACUUCCCCCAUGUGCUGCUCAAGCCUCAUUCCACCGGGAAUCCCGGCUGGGAAAAGUGGGAAGAGGUUUGGGGACUAGGCGGAAAGGAGCCUGUUUCUGUCGUGAUACCAACUGGCGAUGCUUUGGAUUUGUGCGCCGUACAAUUUUGCAUGGUAUUGCAUUUGACGCAACUGAUUCUCCUGCACGAGCAAAACUCCCUGCCGGACGUGUUCAACGAAGAGGACGACUACUACUUGACAGCUCAAGCUUCUGUUCGGAAAGCAGCUGCGAUGAAUGCGAGGAAAUCCAGGGACGAAAGCGGGGCAUCGGGUGAUGGGAAAAACGUUGGUUGUGUCGCAGGGAUAAAAGCAUUUGUAAACGCUUUAAUGGAGCUGUGUGAAGAGGCUGGGAUCGAAAUCGCUGCACCGUUACUUGAUUCGGAUUACGUGGCCUCUCUGGAAAACGCUUUUCGCCCAUUCUUGCGAUGCUGUGCCAUGUUUGCGCAUUUUCUAACUGAUGUGCCUCCGUCUGCGGAAUUAACUGAAGUGGAUGGGGACUCGUACAAGGAAUUGGCCUCAUACAUGGGAAUGCCGGCAUCGUUGAAUGAGCUGUUUGAGGAUGUCGUCAGUGUCAGUACUUACCGGCUCUGGCUGAGUAGGUGGUUGACGUACCCGAAAGUGAGGGAAUUCAUAGUUGAAAAGAAGAUGACGGUAGGGAUGGAAAAGCAGUUGGAGCCGUUCGCACCGUUGAGAAUCAACAGGUUGAUCAAGCUGCCGCAAAAUUUCAGCGAGCUGAUCAACAGGACGUCGAGCUUCAGGUGUCCCAGUGAUCCGGAAUCGUGGCAGUUCCACACCAUAUGUUUGGUUUGCGGCAAGUUCCUGUGUUCACCCGGUUUCUGUUGCAAAGUGGAGUUGGAUAGCAAACACUUGGUCGGAGCUGCGACAUAUCAUACCAGGUGCUGUGGUGCGGGUUGUGGAAUAUUCUUCGUAGUUCAACACGUUGCCAUCCUCAUGUUGUCCGAGAAGAAUAAAGGCUGCAACAUGAAUGCGCCGUAUGUGGAUAAGUUCGGCGAACCCGACAUGGGACUACGUCGAGGAAACCCGCUGACUUUGCAUAAAGAACGUUACCUGGAGCUUCAAAAGCGUUGGCUAACACACUGCAUCCCUGAGUCGACCUCGUCUGCGAUGGAUAACGCUUCACAGUUCCUUAGUACUGACUGGAACCAACUCUAA